AUGAUUUUUUCAAAAGCAGUGUUUUCAGUAGUAUGCAUUCUUUUGUUAUUGUCAAUGUUUGUGGCUAGCAUUCUGAACACAAUAGCUACAGAUCACAAUUUUACUAAUGAGAACAAAGACGAAGGUGAAAAUUUUACAAAAUAUUUAGCAAAAAAAUAUGGUCCAAUAAGUGAUUCACCUAAUAAUCUUAUUUGGUUCCUACAGAUAUCUGACAUACAUAUUAGUAUAUUUCGGGACCCCGGUAGAAUAUCUCAAUUUCAGCAGUUUUGUGAUAGUACUGUUAAAAAAAUCAAACCAUUCCUAGUUUUGGCAACUGGUGACCUAACUGAUGCUAAGGCUAAAGAUAAUCUUGGAAGCUCACAAGUUAAGUCAGAAUGGGUGUAUUAUUAUAACAUUAUAAAGGAAUCAGGAGUAACAGAACAUACUACUUGGUUAGAUAUAAGAGGAAAUCAUGAUAACUUUAAUAUUAGGACAUUAAAUUCUCAAGAAAACUAUUUUCGAAAUUAUUCUGUACAAGGAAUAAAUAAUCCAAAAUCAUAUGUCCAUUAUAUGAAUAUUAAUGGAGUCAGUACAGCUUUUAUAGGAAUUGAUGCCUGUCCUGAGCCUGGAUUGAGACGGCCAUUUAACUUUAUUGGCAUACUAGAUGCUCAAGAACAACAAUAUAUACAAAAGUUAAAACAAGAUGCCGAAAAUAAGGCAGAUCAUAUAGUUUGGUUUGGGCACUAUCCUACUUCAUGUUUGUUAUCUCUAGAACAUGAUCAGCAAAGGAUAGAUGUAAGACAGUUGAUUGCCAGCGCAAGUGGUUCACAGGUUUAUGUUUGUGGUCAUUUACAUUCCAUGGGUGGAUUAGUACCUAAAAUGUAUACAAAGCACAAAAAAGGCUAUUUAGAGCUAGAGUUAGGGGAUUGGAAAGAUAACAGAAUGUAUCGUUUGGCAGCCAUAGAUCAUGGAAUGUUCUCUUUUGUAGACCAAAGACACAAUACAUGGCCAGUUAUUCUUGUGACAAAUCCCAAACAUGCAAAAUAUGCUAUACCUGGACGAGAACCAUUGAGUUUGAUACCUGACUCAACCCAUAUAAGGAUUUUAGCGUUUAGUGAUGUUCAAAUCGAGAGUGUAAAGAUAUCUUUUGAUAAAUUAAGUUGGUUAAAUUGUAAAUCUAAGGAAAGACCACUCUAUGUCUGUGAUUGGCUUCCCCAUUUGUUUGUAACAGGUAUUCAUAACUUGUAUGUAAGAGCUGUUGAUGAACUAGGAAAAGAGACAAAUGUAACUCAUCCGUUUACUCUAGAUGGGACAUCAGUGAAUUUUGAAGUAAUACCCAGAAUUUUGUUAAUGCUUGACGCAGGAUCUGUGUUUCAGGCGGUAUUCGGAACACUUUUGGUAAUAAAUGUCACACCGCUAAGCAUUUUGAGAUUACAAAAGAGCCCGCCAAAAUACAGACGAAGAUGUGGCCGUCAGAUUUUACGAAAAGUCUGGCUUUUGAGCAAAGUGGAUCGGAUAUUUUAUCCGAUUAUACUAUAUGCAUUGUAUUUACCACUUGGCCCAUGGGCGAUAGGGGAACUUAUUGAUGGGUACAUUGGCACCAUUUUUGCAUGGGGUAUUGUUAUAAAGGGCACAUUUCUGCCUGAACCAUUUACGUAUAUGUACGGAAGUGUGCAGUUAAUGUUUGUGCAAAUCCCACUGAUAUUUGUGUUGGCAUAUUGUUUAGACUUACGUUUGACGAAUCACAAUGCCCAAGGAAUAAAGCGAGUCAUCCGGAAUUUGCCCUUUAUAUUUCUACUGACAAUACAACUACUGCUUGCGUACUUCUUUUGGUUGGAAUAUGGAACUCUAUCAUUUCUUACUAGUCCUCUAAGGACUUGGAGUGUUGGUUUAAGUACAUUAUUGUGGUACAAGACCUUAACAUUGCCACCUGAUUAUUGCAGACGCCUCCAAAAGCUGAACGAAACUCCGCCGUAG